AUGGUGGCAGCAAUGGAUGUGGAAUUCAAUUACCAGGCAGCCGAUGGUCUCACGGUGAUCGAAGCUGCACAUUUUUUCGAAGGGACGGAGAAGCUGCUGGAGGUUUGGUUCUCCCGGCAGCAACCUGAGGCAAACCAAGGAUCUGGGGAUCUUCACACUAUCCCGGGGUACUCAUAUACUCUGGAUUUCCCAGAGAGUCAAGUUAUCAGUCAGCCAGAUCAAACCCUGGAAAUUCUGAUGAGUGAGCUUGACCCAGCAGUUAUGGACCAGUUCUACAUGAAAGAUGGUGUUACUGCAAAGGAUGUCACUCGUGAGAGUAGAAUUCGUGACCUGAUACCAGGUUCUGUCAUUGAGGCCACAUUGUUCAAUCCUUGUGGGUAUUCAAUGAAUGGAAUGAAAUCGGAUGGAACUUAUUGGACUAUUCACGUCACUCCAGAACCAGAAUUUUCUUAUGUUAGCUUUGAAACAAACUUAAGUCAGACCUCCUAUGAUGACCUGAUCAGGAAAGUUGUGGAAGUCUUCAAGCCAGGAAAAUUUGUGACCACCUUGUUUGUUAAUCAGAGUUCUAAGUGUCGCACAGUGCUUUCUUCACCCCAGAAGACUGAAGGCUUUAAACGUCUUGAUUGUCAGAAUGCUAUGUUCAAUGAUUACAAUUUUGUUUUUACCAGUUUUGCUAAGCAGCAGCAACAGCAGAGUUGA